UCAAAUUAGUGUAACCUCACUUAUUCUUUCCAGUACAAGUACAAAUGUUUUAACGUUAUAAUUAUUUUAUUUUUAACAUAUUUAAUAAAACGAAAUUACUUGAAGUAUCUACUGUGCUUAAAAGCGGAGCAAUUACAAAAAUAAUAAAAUAAUAUGGAAAACUGUCGCCAAUUACGGUAAAGUUUAAAGGUCAAGAGCGGACGUUUCUACCAAGAUAUUGUAAAAGGUCAUGUUCCUUAUCAUUUGCAAUUCAAAUUGAGUUAAAAUGAUGACAAGACAACCUCUUAGGUGUAAAAUCGGUCCAUCUAUUUUAAAUUCGGAUUUGUCUCAAUUGUAUGUGGAAUCCCAAAGACUGUUAGAUAAUGGAGCAGAUUAUUUGCAUUUGGAUGUUAUGGAUGGUCAUUUCGUACCUAAUUUAACUUUCGGUCAUCCGAUAGUUAAGUGUUUAAGAAAUAAAAUUAAAACAGCAUUUUUUGAGACUCAUAUGAUGGUCUCUAAUCCCGAACAGUGGAUUGAACCUAUGGCAGAUGCUGGAGUUAAUUUAUACACAUUCCAUAUAGAACCUGUAAAGGAAAUUCCAAAGACUUGUAGAAAGAUAAGGGAAGCUGGAAUGAAAGUUGGAUUGGCAUUAAAGCCAGCAACUGGUAUUGAGGAUGUUAGGCAGUUUAUAGACUUAGCUGAUGUAAUAUUGAUAAUGACUGUUGAGCCGGGAUUUGGAGGGCAAAAAUUUAUGAAAGAUAUGAUGCCAAAGGUGCAGUGGCUGAGACAUAAUUAUCCACUUUUAGAUGUUGGGGUUGAUGGAGGUGUAGGGCCCAAUACAAUUACAGCAUGUGCUGAGGCUGGGGCAAAUAUGAUUGUGUCUGGUACAGCAGUAAUUAAUUCUAGAGAUCAAAGAUCUGUCAUAGCAGGUCUCCGAGAGGUGGUAGAAAGUUCUAUUCAUAAAUGCAAUGUUUAAUCAGUUCAAAAAAUUGUUGCAAAAAACAUUUAUAAAGGUCUUUGCUCAAUACAACAUUAUCAGUUUCCUUAUAUUUUGGCAUGUAUGUUAAAAUUUUAAUCCAUUAAUGAUGUUUUGUUUUUGUUAAAUUUUAAAUAAUUAGACAUUCCUUUUACAUAUUCUUGUUUUGAUGGAUGAGAAAUAUCAAUAGCAAUUUUGUC